AAUCAAAGGGGUAUUUCUUACUUCGAUCUACAAACCAGUUUUUAUAUCUCCUUUAUUGAGACUUUUUUACUCGACGAAGCCAAUAAAUAUUCGCCUUAUCAACCUUACAACAAAACGAAUAAUUUUUAUGCUCAGCUAUUGACCAAAUUCUCGUUUUUUCUCGUUUUCUCUGGCUCUUGGCUACAUGCUUCUCUCUUAACCUGCCUCUUUCUCAGCCAAGCUCGCCGUCUCUGUCUUAAUUGGGGAAUCGAAGCUUUUGAGCCGGGUUUAUAUACGCUGCACAGGCGCAGACGCUUCGUCAUUUUAAAUCUUGGCUUGCAGCUACAAGACGCAUUCGAAGUGCUUCGAACAAAAUUGUUAAUUUGAUAAAGUGUUAAAAAACAAUAAAGUACAAUAAUGGUCGGAUUACAGAAUGGCUUUCUUGUUUUGUUCGCCUGCAAUUUAUUGCUGGCCGUGUACGUUUCGGCCAAUAAGCAACAAAAACACCAGAAUCAAGAAAUCUGGGAACAAGACCUUUCGGACACCUUUAAAAUUGAGGGCAGCGAUCAGGGCAUCCAAAAGGUGAAUCUUAAGUGUGGAGCCAACUCCAUGAACGUGGUGUUGGAGACGGAAAAGCCCUUCACAGGUGUGAUGUACACUCGUGGCAGCUUCUACAAGCAGACGCCCCCGUGCUUCAUGAAACCCACUGUGAACCAGGGAUCACGUUCUUUGGAAAUGAACUUCCAGCUGGACCAAUGUCAGACCUUGAAGGAUGGUGAUCUGUAUACCAACAUCGUGGUGAUCCAAAACGAUCCGGAACUGAUCACGCCCGGAGACUCGGCCUUUUCGCUGGAGUGCGACUUCCGGCAGCCCCGAAGUCUGGACGUGGAGGCCAGCAUGCAGGCCAGGGACAGAAACCCGCAAAAGUUGCGCGGAGCACGCGGUGGAUCCCGCCAGCGCCAAUAGAUUCUUUCAACCACUAUAAGAACUUCUCUCUUCGACUACAAGCACCUCAAAAAGCUGUACAUAAGGUACAAGAGAGUUGAAUGUCGUUUUUGAAUGUCCCAUUAACUAAAACCAGCCAAUUAGUAGUGCUUUACUAACCUUUACUUUGAAACAUGGAGAACAGGGAAAAUGCAGUUAAAAUUAUAGAGCUUUGAAACAGGGAAUUAAUUAACUUGGAUCAGAACCCAAAUUGUUUUAUGACUUUGACUGCAUAGCCACAGAAAACAGAACACAUUACAGACCUGCAUA